GUGACGAUUGUAUCGAAGCUGGAUACCGCUCAUCGUUUGACAAUUGUUCGUUCCGUUUUCUUCCUUCAGUACCACCAUCACGAUGCACAAAUGAACUAUUAUGGUACCCGACUUGCGACUUGCUCCAGUGAUAAUUUGAUCAAAAUAUUUGAGUUGAAACCGUCCGGACAAACCUACCCUUCGGCAGAGCUGAACGGUCAUACGGGUCCAGUAUGGCAAGUGGCCUGGGCGCAUCCAAAAUUCGAUAGUGUGCUCGCCUCAUGUUCGUAUGACAAGCGUGUCAUCAUUUGGAAGGAAGUAUCUGGAAAAUGGCAAAGGCUCUAUGAAUGGAAUCACCACGAUGCUAGCGUAAAUUCGAUAAGCUGGGCGCCGCAUCAGUACGGUCUCACGUUGGCCUGUGCAUCAACCGAUGGAACAGUUUCGGUGCUGAGCUUUAGUAAAGCAAAAAUAUGGACGCAUCAGAUCAUCCCAAAAGCUCAUGAAGAGGGAUGUAAUGCAAUUUCUUGGGCGCCUGCAACAUAUUACACUUCGCUCAGUCAAAGCGACGGUCCUAACACGCAGAAGCGAAUGGUUUCUGGAGGCAACGAUAAUUAUGUUAAAAUUUGGAGCGAAACAUCCGACGAUAGCUGGCAGCUGGAAUGUGCUCUAGAGGGGCACACGGACUGGGUGCGUGAUGUUGCAUGGGCUCCUGUUGCAGCAUUAAAUGCCGGUACAAUUGCCUCAUGUGGACAGGUAUUUUUUUGA